GGAUGACAUAAGCAAUUUGGGUUAAUUAACGUCGCUCAGACUCUGUCCUUCGAAUGUUGGAACAUGGCAAGUACACCGGAAUGGACUUCAUUACCAACUGCACUCUUCGACGGAUUGUUACCCAAGCUUGCUAUGGUGCUUGAGCUCACCCAAAAAGCAGAAGGGACUGCAACUCCUGUAGCCAAACAAGCACUGCUGCAUGCGACGAAUGAUUUCAAACAUGCACUUACUCAGGCGAAAGAUUAUGCAAGCACACUUGCAGGAGGUGACCUCUUAGUGCAGGAGCAGGACAGUGUAGUUGCAAUGCUCGAGAUGCUGAAGCAGCACAAGCAGCAGCAAUUAAUACAAUUUGCACUGGAGGUUGGAUCUUUGUCUACUAUCGCAAUCUCCAAUGUCAGUUCAAAGAUGGAGGUUGAUUCUACUGCUUCAACCCCAUUUGCUUCUGGUGGUCAAUUAUAAUACGGGACUCGGGAAGCGCCGACGAAGUCGGCACAAACUUUGCUUGUCUUUGACCUUACAGGGCCAGGUUUAGGUGAUUUUUCCUUCUAUCACACCACUGCUGCUGGCCUGCCUUACUGUUUUGCAUGCCACAUUAUAUAUAUAUAUAUACAGUAGAUAUGCUCAUAAUGCAUAUUGUAACAAUGCAUAAAUCUCAUAAUGCAUGAACUUUUCAG